GGGAAGCGGGAGGAGGAAAUCAGAGAGACGGGAGUAGAGGAGAGAGAGAGAGAGGGAGUUUCAGAACGCGCAUUUAUUCUCUUGAACACGCAGGGAAUUGGAGAAAAAGUGCUUUCGUCAAUCUGGAUCUUCUUCUUCAUCGAGCUGGGAUUAGAGCUUCUCUUGACCUAGGUGUUCUGCUUUUCCUUUGAAGGAAGAUUUUGUAGCUGGUCUGUCAUCCACCUUGUUUCCUUCGCGUUCAUGCUGGAAUCAUCAAACUGAUCGGGGUUUGUCGCUGUUAUGUGCGCCUCUUGCUUCUAAUUCAGUUAUUAUUUAUAGCUAUUCGAUAGCUUUUUGCAGGUCGAGGAGAUCUGAGCUCGCCAAUGUAAAAAAAUACAAAUGAAAAAAAUAAAAUUAUAAUCUGGUCCGAAUAUAGCUGCUUCAAUCCGUUCAUUUCACAAUUCUGAUCUUGUUCUUAUAAUUAUUCUUUAUUGUUACUAUUUCGAUAAAUUUUCAGGCUGAUGUUGGGUAAAGUUUUGUUCCUCGUAGCAAACGAAACAUGCACUGUCGACGCAUUUUUGAGUUGAGGAUUGUAACUGAGCGCUUUGGUUUUUGGUGUGUAUUUUAGAAUGCCAGAGCAAUAUGAUUAUCAGAUUGAGCAUGGCUGAAUUUGUCCAAUCAGAUAUGUGUAUCAACAUUCAUAAUUAAUUGGAAAUUAAUCUCUACGAAUUAUAGCUGAAUUGGAUAUUUGCAUGCCAGCUUAUCAAUCAAUGUGCCGAUGAAAUUAGUUUUCACGAAUUAUGGCUAAAGCAGCUCCCUCUCUGCCCCUUCAUCGAUCUAUGCGCUCAUAAAUGCCACCUCACCAAUCCCUAUGCAUGUAUUUGUGAUAACUGAUUUUAUAGCUAAAUUUUUGCUCUUGAUCGUGUGUAUACUUUUUUUUAUUUAAUUAUCCUAGGAUUUUGUUUUUACUACAAAUAUUGUAACGGUUGUGUUACAUGGGGGAAUGAAAAAACGACGAGUUGGAAGAGGAAGUGAAGAGUCAAACAUGGCGGAGUUGAAGCGAGGAGUCGUAAAGCAAACAAGCGAGAGGAAUCAAGAAGUCGGGAAACCGAACAAGCCUAUAAAUUCGUCGUGAGGAGGGCAGAAACUUACAGGAGAGUUGAACAGUGCAAGUUAGAGUUUCCUCGUAGUCGGAGGCAACGGACGACGCGGAGGAGACCAGCGAUGAAGAAGAGGAAAGGAAGGAGCAUCGUAGAGAAGGAGGAGGCGGGUUGAGACCAAUGAGAGGAUCAAGAUAGAAGAAAAAUACUCAUGAAGGGACCUAAAGGUGGACAAUUAUUUUUUGUAUCCAUUCAUUUCAAAGCCCGCGCCAAUUGAUCCGUCAUAUGAACUUAUGCAAAUUAAUGCACGAUCCGAAUCUACUAAUGAGAUUCUCAAUGACUCCAGAAAGACGAACAAGAUGCAUAAAUCUGCCAUCCGUCUUCAGAAUAUUGUUUCUUUGAGAGUAUUGGAGCAAAAAUCUUUGCGUUCUGCAGGAAGCAAACAGUCUCAUGCAGCUACAGGUCACCCGACAUCUCCAAUUGUCUUUCCAGAGAAACGGGGACAUCAGGUUUCUACUGUUAGGGAUGAUCCUUUCAAAACAAAGGCUCAGGAACAUUGUGUGGAUAUAGACGAGCUGUCAGAUUUGUUGGGAUAUGAUAUUUUCUCAGGUAAGCUUGCCCUUGUCAGGAGAUCUAAAAGCACAGGUACUAAUGAGCAAUCGGGUUCCGGAUAUACAAAUCCAUCUAGCACUGAUGCAAAACUUACAAGCAAAGCAUUGACCUGGGGAUCUCAAACUUUACUUCUUGAGGAUGUAGUAUCUGUAUCAUACAAUACUGGUUUGCGAUAUUUUAAUGUGCAUGCAUAUCCUCUUAGAAAAAGAUCUGGUGGGCUUUCAUGUAUUCUUAAGCCAAAGAGAUGCCGAAAGGACUUUUGCUUCUUGGCAUCUAGUUCAGAAGAAGCCAUUCAAUGGGUUUCUCGGUUUGCAGACCUGCAGAUUUUUGUUAAAUGCUCACCUCAUCCUAUGAAUUCGUCUAGAAAGAAGUCAGCGAAGGAUUUGGUUGCAAGCAUUCCUUUGUUUGAUGAACCAUAUAUAAAAUGUAAAAGCCCACCCAGAAUAUUUGUGAUUCUUAAUCCACGUUCUGGUCAUGGCCGUUCUAGCAAAGUUUUUUAUGGAAAAGUGCAACCGAUAUUUGAGCUUGCUGGUUUCGAAAUGAAUGUGGUUAAAACAACUGCUGCAGGUCAUGCAAGAAAGCUGGCUGCUACAGUUGAUAUUAACACUUGUCCUGAUGGAAUUGUAUGUGUGGGCGGUGAUGGAAUUAUAAAUGAGGUUCUUAAUGGUCUAUUCAAUAGAGAUGAUAGGAAAGAAGCGAUUUCAAUUCCAAUUGGCAUCAUUCCAGCCGGUUCUGAUAACUCGCUUGUUUGGACAAUUCUAGGAAUUAGAGAUCCAAUCGCAGCUGCAUUAUCAAUUGUCAAGGGCGCUCUCACACCUACAGAUGUUUUUGCUGUUGAAUGGAUCCAGACUGGAGCUAUUCACUAUGGAAAUACCGUCUCCUAUUUUGGUUUUCUUAGUGACGUGCUGGAACUUUCUGAGAAGUACCAGAAACACUUUGGCCCUCUUCGGUAUUUUGUUGCUGGUUUUCUAAAAUUUCUGUGCUUACCCAAGUACAGUUUUGAACUUGAAUACCUUCCUGUGACUAAAGAGGUGCAAAAUGAUCGAAAGGCUUUUGAUGAGGAAGGCAAACUUGACAUGCCCGACCUUUAUAAAGACAUAUUGAGGAGGUCAAGAAAAGAGGGUAUCCCAAGGGCUUCCAGUUUAUCAAGUAUAGAGUCAAUUAUGUCUCCGAGUAGGAUGUCCGGGGACUUGGACGUAACAGGUAGCACUCUUGCAAGCAGUGAGCCAUCUGAGGUUGUUCGUGGUCUUGAUCCUAAAUCAAAACGUUUAUCAUCAAGCAAAAGCAACCAAGUUCCUGAGCCAGAAGAAGUUAUUCAUCCUCACCACCAUCUAUCUAGUACUCCCAAUUGGCCAAGGACCCGAUCAAAACCUUGGAUGGAUAAAGGUUGGAGUUCCCUUAAUACUAAAAAUGAUUCCAGGUUUUCUUGGGCACCCACUACUUCAAAUGAUAAAGAAGAAAUCUCUUCAGCAAUCUCUGAUCCGGGUCCUGUCUGGGAUGUUGAACCAAACUGGGAUGGUGAACUGAUUUGGGAUAAUGAAGCCAACUGGGAUGCUGAUGAUCCCAUUAGGUUACCUGUGCCGCCAGUAGAUAACGCAGACAUAGGCAUGGUUAAGGAACCUGUCCCAGAGUUGAGUGAGAAGUGGGUGGUUAAGAAGGGGCAAUUCCUAGGGAUCCUCGCAUGCAACCAUUCUUGCAAAACUGUUCAAAGUUUAAGUUCUCAGGUUAUUGCACCUAAGGCUGUGCAUGAUGACAGAAGUUUAGAUUUGCUAUUGGUUCAUGGCAGAGGAAGACUAAGGCUGCUAAGGUUCUUUGUGUAUCUGCAAUUUGGUCGACAUCUUUCACUUCCCUAUGUGGAAUAUGUCAAGGUGAAAUCUGUCAAGCUACAGGCAACAAGAAAAACUAGCAAUGGUUGUGGUAUAGAUGGAGAACUGUUGCCCUUAAAUGGGCAAGUCCUUUGUUCCAUGCUUCCUGACCAAUGCCAUUUAAUUGGCCGCCCAGCUAGGGCUCGUCUACAACAGCAGUAAGCAUUUUGAAUUUCACAAGUGUUCAGUGCAGUGGUUUGAGGAUUUUUCUUUUUAGAUCCAAUGGGAGGGGCGUCGGACCAUUACAUAGAACGGCAAUUCAAGAUCUUUCAAAUCUGCUUGGAAAAGCACAAUGCCACUGGAUGUCUUUGUAUAUUUUUCAUAAGCCUGUUCAGCUGAGUAUUUGAUUUUUUUUUUUUAAUUCCCAAUGAUAGCUUGUUUUUGUUUUAUUUUUUGUUUUUGACAUGAUGUCUGAUGAUUGAAUACUUAUAUUGUAGGGAUU